GGCGUGGCAAAGCAAGGCGUGGCGAGGCCUGGCAACCGCCCGCCAGUUGAGUCAUUGGUGAGGGAGCUUGUGAGCCGCUACGCCGCCUGCCAGUUGAGCUUUGGAUUUCACGGAGGUAGGACGUACUUCUUGCUCACAUUGUAUUGUGGUGACCCUUGCCAUUCCAAUCCAACACCAUGAGCACUGAGGCAUCAAUCAAGGACUUGCCAAAGGUUGACACUGCCCUCAAGGGACAGCUGGAGGGCUUCUCCCCCGACAAACUGAAAAAGACUGACACAGCGGAGAAGUCCACUUUACCCACCAAGGAAGACGUGGAGCAGGAGAAGCAACACACUGAGCUCCUCGAGAACAUCAGCCACUUCCGCAGUGAUAAACUGAAACGCACUUCUACCUCCGAGAAGAUCGUCCUCCCUACUAGUCAAGACGUGGAAGCGGAGAAACAAGCAAAAGCUCAUCUUGAAGCUGUCGAGGGCUUCAAUUCCGCCAACUUGAAGCAUGCAAAUACCCAAGAAAAAAUUGUUUUACCAGCAAAGGAAGAUAUUGAAACGGAACGAACACACCAGAGCAUAUUCCAGGGAGUAACUGGUUUUGAUAAGGCAUCUAUGCGACAUGCAGAAACACAGGAAAAAAUUGCCCUACCAGCCAAAGAAGAUAUCGAGACAGAGAAGACACACCAGAGCAUAUUCCAGGGAGUAACGGCAUUUGACAAGUCACAAAUGCGACAUGCCGAGACUGAAGAAAAGGUUGCCUUGCCUGCCAAAGAAGAUAUUGAAACGGAAAAAGCACACCAAAGACUUUUCCAGAGAAUUACUUCCUUUGAUAAAUCCACCAUGCGGCAGGUAUCUACAGAAGAAAAGGUUGUCCUCCCUUCUCCUGAAGAUAUUGAGACCGAGCGAGCCCAUCAGGGUAUAUUUCAGCGAUUGGUUUCCUUCGACAGAAGUGAGAUGAAGCACGCGGACACAAAAGAGAAAAAUGUUUUGCCCUCUAAAUCAGAUAUUGAUGCGGAAAAGGGUCAUCAGGCCCUACGUGAGGGUAUCGAGGGAUUUAAUCCUUCUGCCCUGAAAAAGACUGAAACGCUGGAGAAAUGCAAACUCCCUACUAAGGAAGAGAUUGAGCAGGAGAAGAAAGCCUAAUAGAGUGGUGCAGCAGUGGUGUGUGUUGCGCGUCCAAGUGAUAUCCUUCUCCCUGCUCCCCUGAGCUUCCUCGGGAGUUCUGCAAGCCAAAAUGUUUUGUACUUUGAUAAUCUAAGUAUAUAGGUAAAAAACUGAUUUUGUAACCUGAUAUCAUAUGCUAUUCUUUGAGUCAUUAUUUUUGCUUUAAUGUUAAGAACAAGGUGCUGAUUGAUAGCAAGGCGUUGGCAAGAAACUUUUUAGGGCAAUUCGAAGAUGGAGUAUUUAAUUGCUUUUGCACUUCUUCAGUUAAUUGUCAGCGAUGCUAGUGGACCAAAUUUUUACCUUGCUUUCGUCUUGUGUUUAGAAGGUAGAGGUCUCCCAUACAGGUAAUGGAAAACUGCCAAAAGGUACAAGAGUUCUUAUAAUUUUGAAGGAAAGCAAGUUUGAUAAGUCUAUUUUUAAAGGUUAUUUAGCAUUCAAUUGUCAGCAUUUACUCAAAAUCAUUAAACAUUGACUAUUUUAUUUUUUAUUUUUGCUUUUUGGGGCAUCCAAAUAUGUGAUUUUGGGAGUCAAUAAAAUGCUUUUGUA